AUGGACCCCCUACGAUACCUGGCCCCUCCACGGCCAUUCAAGGACAUCUCGCAAGCCUCCAGCAAAGAAACCAAAGAGCGCAUCGCCUUCGUGGACGCCCUACUGACGCACCCACACUGCAACGUGACGGAGGCCGAACACGAGGCGCUCGUCACAUACCGCGAAGCAUGCGAGAUCCUCGCCGAGGGCGAUAGCUCCGAAGAGGGCAAGAAGUCCCUGCAGGACACCAUCUCGGGAUAUGAAGCCAAGCUAGUGCCUCAGACCGACGGCACCGACUCGGCCAAGCUCUCGUUCGACCUCGCCACCAAGACCAAGAUGGGCGAAGAAGCCGACAACCUCUGGAACAUGUGGAACUUCACCCGCUACGAGAAGUAUCUGCCGCCGCAGGCGCUCGCGGGCAAGGAGAAAACCGAGGGCCCUGGGUCCGCGCAGACCGCCGACCCGUGGCACCGGGCCUUCUGGAAGCCGUUCCAGGGUCGUCUGGAGGCGGAGAGCGACGCCUAUGCGCGCGUGCUGAACGGCGAGAACGCGCACAACGAGUGCCCGACAUAUCUGCUGCUGGCGCUGCUCACGGAGCGACACACCCUGGACUGGGACGAGACGCUGGUGUUGAUCAAGGCGUGCGCCAACAGUCAGGAGGGAGAGAAGAUUGAAAUCCCCGGGUCGGAUAUUCUGGAGUUGAUCCGCGCGCGCGACACUUCGAGCCUCGCGAAGCGACUGGACCACGACGAGGCGAGUAUUUCGUUGUCGGCGGAGUACGUGAUGGGCGUGCCGGCGAUGGUGUUGGCGUUUUUCGGGACGCAUUUGCCCGAGGCGUUCUUCGAUACGGACGACUUCGAUUCCGAGCAGUGGAAGCCGAAGCAGCGACUGCAGGACCUGAUGAAGAUGACCGAGGGACAGGAAGAGGCGAUCAAGGCGUUGAUGAGUGAGAUGUAUGAUGCGAUGCUGGACGACGAUUCGAGUGACGAUUUCGAUGAUGAGGAGUGGGCGGAUGAGGAUGAUGACGAGGAUGAUCUGCUGGACGAGGCGGCGUUCAGUGAUGAUGGAUCGGAGGAGGACUAUUGA